GUUAGCAGCACCGGCUUAAAAUUUAAAUUAUUAGGCUAGUUUUCGAACUAAAAUUCUGUAUUUUUACAGCGUCCCUGUGUUUUCAUUUUACACUUUAGAAUUGUUUUCCUCAAUUUUGUUAUCGUUUACCUGUUGUCUUAGUGACAUUUCUUCUGUUUUAUUUCUUUACAGAAAAGAAUAUAACCGAAAAAUGGUAAUGCUUACAAGUAUCCCAGCUCCAACCGAUGGUAUAGAACAUAAACAACCGCGUACUCGAUUAUUUGUAGGAGAUCAAGAAUUUGGAAGUGGUAUACUAUAUAUCACGGAAAGCAAGGUAACGUGGAUAAACGACAACGGAGAAGGCAUUUCGUUCCUAUAUACAAACAUUGGUUUUUAUGCUGUAUGUAAGGACAUUCAACAUUAUGGGGCUGAAUGUUUGAUCCUGUGGAUAAACUCAGUAUGGUUGGACGAUGCUGAUGGGAACCGAGAAGAAGAUAAUGAUGAAGACGUGGAGACAGUGUUGAGGUUUGCUCCGGAAGACAAAGACCAAUUGGAUGCCAUGAACAGAGCAAUGACUUUCUGCCAAUCACUUCAUCCGGACCCUAUUGACUCAUUCUCAGAAUUUUCAGAAGAUGACUAUGAGGAUACUGAUGACGAGACAAAUGUGUGGGCAGGUGGAGAUUCAGAAAACACAAAUAGAAAUGAGCGUCCGUACUAUGAAGAGUACAGGGAGAUCCCCACAUCAGUCAGGGAUGGUGAGAACCUCCCCAAAAAGGUUGUGGAACAACAACAGGAUGAACUGUUAUAUUCCUUGACUAACGGGCCAGUAGAUGAGAUCAUAGAGGAGGCAGAAGAACGAGACCCAACUUGUGUCAUAUGCCUGGUAAACAAACGAAACAGAGUGGCGGUUCCCUGUGGCCACGUCAUCCUCUGCAAGGAAUGUCUGCCACAGUUUGUUCACCAGGUCUUAUAUGGCACAGUUAUUAGUUAUGGACGAUUGAAGAAAAUUCGACUGCCCAUUACCUGCCCAAUAUGCAGAUCUAUUAUUGGGAGAGUUAUCCCAAUAAUGAAUCUGAUUAAGACAAAACCACCAGCAGUUGAGGCUAAUCCAGCUCAAAAUCAACCAUAGGCAGCCCUACUACUGUGGGCCUAUCAGUUCCUGACUUUCAGAUGAGAUGAGUAAUUCUUUAAAUGUAGGAUGUGCGUGUUUAAAUGUGUGUUAUGGUUGCUACACAAACGUUAAGGAUUAAAUAUAUUUAUAUUAUAAUGUUAUCUGCCACUCUAAAAAUGUAAUGAACUUAUAUAGUUUGUAGGCUAAUUUAAUUGUCAUAUUUUAUUAUAAGAAACUUUUACAUGACUAUUCAAGACUUUGAAGUGCACUUAUUUAAGCUAAAAUGUUUAAUGAGAAAAAUGUUGUGAAGCAAUUGAACAAUAAAUUGGGUAGGAACCAUAUAGCCCAGCUGGACGGACAAAUACCAACGUCCAUUCAUCAAAUAAAAAUACCUCUGCUUAAUCGAUAAGUAUAUUUUGUAAGUUUACAAUAUUUUUCAGUAGAAAUGUUAGGUAAGUUAUUUGUUUGAUUCACACUGCAAGACUCAAGUGCAGGACUAUUUUUGAGAUGUGUGACUGUCUUACAGCUUUGUGCAAGUUUUAAUUGUACUUUACUUGGUACAAAUUGCAUCAAGAAGUAGAAUUAAUGU